AUGGACUUUGUCAUAUUAGGCUCGAUCACUGAGAGAAAAGAACUUUUAAGUAUGAGUUCAAAUAUUCAAACAGUAUUGCCACCGACUAGUCUGGAAUACGGAAUACGCGCUAUGGCACCCAAGCGAGCAAUCAAGCCCGCAAUGUCAAAUCCCGAACUAUUGAAUGUCCUCAUGGUCGGAACUGGCGAGUAUACAACCGGCUUUGUCCACAAUGGCGCAUCAAACAGUGACAAAAAAGUCGGCGUCGUCUCUCUCGUCCUAUUCGAUAUGCGAUCCCGCAACAAGAUCGGCAACAUUGCAGCUGUGGGAACUACCGGACUCAAAAACAACCUCAUACGUGCACAUUUGCACAAGAAUAUUGGGACUGCGUAUACGGGACUCGAUGUUAAUGUUGAUUUGAUACCUGAUGACGCUGUUGAACGGGAUGUGCUAGCUUACAAGGCUGCUAUUGAUAAAAUGUCGCCCGGUGAUUCAGUCACCAUAUUCACCCCCGACGACACUCACUUCGAUAUCGCCUUGUAUGCGAUACGGAAACGGUUGCAUGUUUUGAUUGCUAAACCGGCUGUUAAGACUGUACAAGAGCAUCAGCAGUUGGUUGAAGAGGCUGAAAAGUACAAUGUGCUUGUCGUGGUGGAGUUUCAUAAAAGAUUUGAUCCAAUCUAUUCUGAUGCACGAGAACGAAUGAGAACUUUGGGUGACUUUUCAUUCAUGACUGCUUACAUGUCACAGCCGAAAUUCCAAUUACAAACAUUUCGAUCAUGGGCUGGAAAAAGCUCUGAUAUUAGCUAUUAUCUGAAUAGUCAUCAUAUCGAUCUACAUCUAUGGGCCAUGUCAGGAAGGGCAAAACCAAUACGAGUCACAGCCAGCGCAUCAACUGGCGUCGCUACAAGUCAGCCGUAUGAUUGUGUGCCUGGCACCGAGGAUACGAUAACGCUCAUGGUGCAAUGGAAGAAUGACACUUCAGGCAAUCUAGGAACAGCUAUAUAUACCUCAUCAUGGAUAGCGCCGAAAGCAGAAGUGCAUUCACAACAACGAUUCUUCUACAUGGGCCACACGGGUGAAAUACGUGUAGACCAAGCACACCGUGGCUACGAAACAGCAACAGAUGACAAUGGAUUUGCAUCUGUGAAUCCACUGUUCAUGAGAUACACCCCUGAUGCAUCAGGACGAUAUACUGGGCAGGGGACGUAUGGACACAGGAGUAUCGAGCUGUGGGCGGAUGCAUGUCGGGAAAUCAAGUUUGGGAGGAGUAGUGUCAAGGAUUUUGUUGGUGUCUUGCCGACGAUACAGGAGACGGUCCUUGUUACUGCUAUUUUGGAAGCCGGGAGGACGUCGUUAGAUCGUGGUGGGAUACCUGUGGACUUGUGA